CUGACCAUCGGGAUGAAAGCAGUUGGCCGCGGCCGGAGAGGCCGGAGCGCCGGGAACAUGGACGAGGAGCUCUGGCCGGGGCCAACCCGGGACCAGGCCCCCUCCCAGCCCAGUCCACCGGGCUGCGGGACCGGAGUUCGAAUCCUACCUCUGUGGCCCAUCCCGGGCCUGGCCAUGGACCCCGGGCCCCGCCGGCAGGGAUGGGUGACGUUCAGGGAUGUUGCUGUGGAGUUCACCCGGACAGAAUGGCAGCACUUGGCCCCUUUUCAGAAGGAGCUGUACAGAGACGUGAUGCUGGAGAACUACAGGAACCUGGUGUGCCUUGGACUUGCAGUUUCCAAGCCAGAGGUGAUCUCCCAGUUGGAGCGAAGGGAAGCACCCUGGACACCAGGAGGGAUCCAGAGAAGUAGCUGUCCAGAUUGGGAGGCUACUCCUGAAACCAAGGAGUCAGCUCUAAAGCUGGACAUGUCAUUGGAAGAAUCAUCCUGGGAACGUGCUGCCACGUUAAAGAGGCACCACAAAAGUGAGGAAAAAAAUCCUCAGAAAGGAAAAAGAACACAAAAGAAACCUGCAAAUAAAUUGAGAGGCCACAAAUAUAACAACUGUGACAGUAGUUUCAGUCUAGGGCACGUCCCUUUUGCACAACAGAGAUUAUCUGUUGGAACAAUUCUCCAUAAAUGUGAUAAAAACAGAAAGCACUUCAGACUGUCUACAGACUUAAGAAAACACAAGAGAAUACAUUCAAAGAAGAUAUUUUUCAAGUAUAGUGAAUACAUGAAAUUCUCUAAGUAUAACUCACACUUUAUUGAAAAUGGCAGGCUACAUAAUGGAGAGAAACGCUAUCAGUGUAAUGAAUGUGGGAAGGCCUUCAGCCAAAAAGCUAGUCUUAUUCAACAUCGUAGAAUUCAUACUGGAGAGAAACCUUUUGAAUGUAAUGUGUGUGGGAAGGCUUUCCGCCAGAGCACAGGACUUAAGCAACACCGAACAGUUCAUACUGGAGAGAAACGUUAUGAGUGUAAUCAAUGUAGAAAGGCUUUCCGUCUGAGAACACAGCUUAUUCAGCAUUAUAGAAUUCAUACUGGAGAGAAACCAUAUGAAUGUAAUGACUGUGGGAAGACUUUCCGCCAGAGUGCACAACUUACUCAACACCAAACAAUUCAUACCGGAGAGAAACCUUAUGAAUGUGCUGAAUGUGGGAAGGCCUUCCGCCUAAGAACAUUGCUAAUUCAACAUCAUAAAAUUCAUAUUGGAAAGAAACCUUAUAGAUGUAAUGAGUGUGGGAAGGCCUUCCGCCUCAGUUCACAGCUUAUUCAACAUCAGACAAUUCAUACCGAAAAAAAGCCUUAUGCAUGUACUGUAUGUGGAAAGUCUUUUCAUCAGAGAGCCUUACUUACUCAACAUCAGACAAUUCACAGUGGGGAAAAGCCUUAUGAAUGUAAUGAAUGUGGUAAGGCCUUCCGAAAUAGCACAUGCCUUACUCAACAUCAGACGAUCCAUACUGGAGAAAAACCUUAUGAAUGUUAUGAGUGUGGGAAGGCCUUCCGACUGAGUGCAUAUCUCAUACGGCAUCAAAGAAUUCAUACUGGAGAGAAACCUUUUACAUGUAAUGACUGUGGGAAGGCCUUUACUCACAAUGCAGGACUUUCAUUGCAUAAAAGAAUUCAUGCUGGAGAAAAACCAUAUGAGUGUGAUGAAUGUGGGAAGACCUUCCGACGAAGAUCAGGGGUUGUCGAACAUAAGAUAAUUCAUACUGGAGAGAAAACUUAUAGCUGUAAUGAAUGUGGCAAGGCUUUCCGCUGGAGGACAGGACUUAUCCAACAUCAGAGAAUUCAUACUGGAGAGAAACCUUAUAAAUGUGAUGUUUGUGGGAAAGCCUACCGCUUAAGCAAAGGACUUACUCAACAUCAGAAAAUUCACACUGGAGAAAAACAAUACGGAUGUACUGAAUGUGGGAGUGCCUUCCGCCUGAAAAGACAGCUUAGUCAGCAUCAAAAGCUUCAUAGUGGUGAGAAGCGUUAUGAGUGUGAUCAGUGUGGGAUGGUCUUCUGUCAGAGUAGAACCCUUAUUCAACAUCAGAGAAUUCAUAGUGGAGAAAAACCUUAUGAGUGUAAUGAAUGUGGGAAAGCCUUUCGCUUAAAGACACGUCUCAAUGAACAUCAGACAGUUCAUACUGGUGAGAAACGCUUUGAAUGUAGUGAGUGUGGGAAGGCCUUCCGCCAGAAGACACAUCUUACUGAACAUCUGUCAAUUCACAGUGGUGAGAAACCCUUUGAAUGUAAUGAAUGUGGGAAGGCCUUCCGCUUGAGAACACAGCUUACUCAACAUUACAUAAUUCAUACUGGGGAGAAACCGUAUGAAUGUAAUGUAUGUGGCAAGGCUUUCAGUCACAGGACAGAACGUAAUCGACAUUAUAGAAUUCAUACUGGAGAGAAACGUUAUGAAUGUAAUGAAUGUGGGAGGGCCUUCCGCUUGAGCACACACCUUACACGGCAUAAGAGAAUUCAUACUGGUGAGAAACCUUAUGAAUGUAAUGAAUGUGAGAUGGCCUUCCGCCUGAGGGCACAGCUUACUCAUCAUCAGAGACUUCAUAUUGGAAAGAACAUUUAGGAGAGUUAACAUGGAGGAAAGGGUAUCUUCCAGAGCAAACACCUUUCUCACAUUAGUUAAUACCAAAUAGAGAAAAGUUGUCUAUGUAACAAUUAUGGAAAGCCUUUGAGCCACAGCACAGAACUUAGGAAAUAUCAAGUACUUCCUACUGAAAAGCCAUAUGCAUAUAAUGAAUGUGAGGUUUAUAGCUGGAGUACAAACUUUUGCUGAAAAUUAAGAACUUAAAGGGGAACCCCACAGUUGAGGCAGAUAUCGCUCUACUUUCUAGCAGGUUUCCUAAAGCUUUUUCUUCCCACCUGUAGUUUCUUAUCAUCUUCCUUCCAAAUCCCAGUGCUUACUGCAGUUGACUUAGAUGCUUAAUAAAUUUAAAUUACCUGAUCUUAGCUUCAUUCAUACUUCAGCAAAUGUGGAUUCUAACAAUUCUUUUCUCUUUCUCUUCUUUCCUAUGCCUUAUUUCAACCUUCUACUGGCCUCUUUCUUGCUGCCUACAAACAUUCUCAAAUCUCCUGCAUCCUUGAAAAGCUUCACUAGAUCUGCCAUCCCUGAUAGCUGUUGCCCUGUAUCUGUCCUCCCCUUGAUGGCUACAACCAGCUCAGAAAAACUCAAAAAACCUUGACUGCCUCCAUUUCUUCUCCUCUCACAUAGUCUCUUCCGGUGUUGCUCCCAACCUGACAGGUUUGGCUGAUUCCAAGAUUACUAGUGAUCUCUCACUUGGCCUUUCUUCAGUUCUCAGAGUUCUCAACUCUCUGCAGCAUUUAAUCCUGUUGACCACCAACUCCUAAUGGGUACUUUCUACUGCCUGGAUCUUUGUGACACUGCAUUCUCUUGCUUUUCCUACAUAUUGGGCUGCUGUUCCACAGUCUCAUCCAUAUCCCAUCCCAUUUUUAUGAGAGUAUACCAGAGAUCCGUCCUGGGCAGCCAUCCAUCUACACUCGCUCUUGGAUUUCUCAUCUCUUGCAUAUUGAACAAUGCUUGUGACUCCUAGAUAUCUCUUGAGUUCCAGUGCCAUAUCACUAACUGCAUAUUAUACAUUUCUUAUUGUAUUCCCUGUAGGCCUCAUAAAUUCAUGGACAUGUUCAAAAUAAAAUUUCAUUAUCUUUCCCCUAAAACUCCUCUUCCUAAGCUUCCUAUUUCCAUUGAGAGUACCCCCAUGCUUUGUUAUUA